CACACACAAGUAACGUUUUAUUAUAAUCCCAUCUCUCUCUCAUACACAGACACAGAAUUCUGGCGAAAGUGAACAUGCAUGCUCAGCAAAUGUUCUCUGUAUUAUCUAUUUGUAGUUAUCUUCUGGUUUUUUCAUUUCUUGCACACCCUUCAACUUCUGCUUUACAAUCUUUCAUAUAUGCGGGUUGUUCUCAGCUCAAAUACAACCCGGGGACACCUUACGAGUCAAACGUCAACUCAAUCCUCGCAUCCCUAGUUAACUCAGCCGCCUUCUCAAACUACAACAAUUUCAAGAUUUCUCUCCCGGACUCCAACGUCGUUUACGGCCUCUUCCAGUGCCGUGGAGACCUCAGUAACUCCGAUUGCCACGACUGCGUGACCUACGCAGUCAGUCGAAUUGGAACCAUCUGCGGCGGCGCGUCGGGUGGCGCGUUGCAGCUGGAUGGGUGUUUCGUGAAGUACGAUAAUACAUCAUUCUUGGGUGAUGAAGACAAGACUGUUGUGUUCAAGAGAUGUGGGCCGUCGAUCGGGUAUGACUCGGAUGUGUUGACCCAGAGAGAUGCCUUGCUGGCAUAUCUAACGGGUGGUGGGCAGUAUUUUCGGAUUGGUGGGUCCGGGAAAUCACAAGGUAUAGCACAGUGUGUACAGGAUUUGAGUACGAGCGAGUGCCAGGAUUGUUUAUCGGAGGCGAUCACACGGUUGAAAAGUGAGUGUCAAUCUUCAACAUGGGGUGACAUGUUCUUGGCAAAGUGCUACGCGCGCUACUCGGAGCGUGGAUACACGCCAAAAAGCGAUAAAGAUGAUGAUGACGAUGACGACAUGGAGAGAACCCUUGCAAUUGUUAUUGGACUCAUAGCAGCUGUUGCAUUGAUUAUUGUUUUCCUAUCUUUCUUCAAUAAACUUUGUGAUAGUAAAGGUGGUAAAUGAAGAACAAUUUAGCAUGGUGCCUUGCUUUUGGUUAAUUUUUUGAACUUUUAUUCCAGCCGGUCCAUUAUCUCAAUCUUGUUCCUUUUCCUUUUGCAAAGUUUUUAUCCAUAUUUGAGGAAACUUGAAAAGGGUGAUGGAGAUGUGUGAGGUGAAAAGAUGUUAAGAACAAAAAAUCCCAAAUGCAUAAUUUGUUAUCAUGUACAUUGCCUAGUGGAAUGUUGACUUGACUUGGCUACAUUAUUCA